GACGACCACAGGGCACCGACGGCACCCCGCGCCGGCGCCGGACGCACCAGGUGACGACACCAUGGAAUUGAUGUACAGCCCUAUGUCCACGUCCUGCCGGGCCGUACUCAUGUGCAUCAAGGAGAUGAAGCUCAAAGUCGAUCUCAAGAAGAUGGACAUCCAGAGGAAGAUGGAACACAUGAUGGCCUGGUUUGUGAAGCUGAACCCGCAGCACACCGUGCCAACCCUGGAAGACAACGGCUUCAUCCUGUGGGAGAGCCGGGCGAUCUUGCAGUACCUGGUGAGCGCACACGGCCGGCCUGAGUACGACCACCUGUACCCCGCCAACGACCACCAGAGGCGCGCCACCAUCGACCGACUGCUCCAGUUCGACUUGGUCACACUCAACAGGGCCAUUCUGGAAUACUUUGAGCCAGUGAUCCACCACGGGCACGCGCCCGACGACACCAAGGCCAACGCUCUCAAGCAGUCGCUCGACUACCUGGACCGCUUCCUGGAGGGCCACUACGCCGUGGGCGACCGGUUGAGCAUCGCUGACCUGUCGCUGCUCGCCACCGUCUCCCGCCUGCAGGCGCACAACUACCGCACCGACUCGUACGCACGCCUGCGCACCUGGCAGGCGCACCUGCAGGCGACGCUGCCCUACUACGACGAGUGCAACCGGGAGGGGAUGGAGAUGUACCGCCAGAUGCUGGAGCAGAGGAAGCAGUGAUGGUGGAACAAAGAAGAUGGCGCUGGGGAGCGGUUGGCGGCCAUGAUAAGGUCGUGCUCUUCAAGUUCUCUCGUUAUUUUUUGUGGUAGAGCCAGAGAGGACAGCGAAGGUUUCCUGUGGUCGUUUCGUUAGAAGCGCGCGACACAUGCAUAAAUCAAGCUUUAUCGGUAUGUCAUUUAGAUAAUUAUCGGUACGUCAGUUAGAUAAUUGGGAUCGACGUUUAAUGCACUAAUAAUGAUUUAAGGUGGAUGUUGGGGUCACCGUUCCGUACCCAAAUCAGACAUGACGGCGACCUGACUGAUCUGGAGCACGGGGCUAGCUUUUCUAACCAAAUGCUUCGCUGUUCCAGGCAGAAUUGUUAGUCUAAGGAAACGUGGUAAGACAAGUAAACUUGAAGCAACCUGAUGAAAUCCAUCCCGGUGUUUUCACACGGAGCUGACCGUAUUGCGGCGCUCUUGACGUCGUACCGGCAGACUUAAAGCCGCUGAUGGUGACGGUGCGACUCGUGCUGC